AAGGGAAAUAAGAAUCAAUUAAAUACCAAAAAGUAAUUUCGUUUGGGGCUUCCUUCAGUUCCCCCUUUCAAGGAUUUGUUAGCUCUAAAUUUCGUAGAACUCACAGCAGCGCAGCGAAAUCACCACCAAGAGUUCGAAAAAUUUGCUCUUCAGAACUACAUGGGAUUGAAACCUCAGUUCUUCUGUCUUUUCGUUUUUUCUAUUCAUCCAUUUCGAGCUCGUCUUCCAUUUGUAUCGCCACCUUUCGAUAUUUUUUCAUUGAGAGUUAGCGAUGGCUGGUGCUGCUGCGUUGAUGAUGUCUGAUUUUGCAGUUACAUUCUCAAUUUCUGAAGGUGUAGUGAAAAGGGUUCAAUGGUUUUUGCUGGAAUAUUUGCUCCUUUUGUCUUGUACGGCAUUUAUUCUUGACGCUCAGACUCCCAACUUCUCACCGCAAGCACAUGUUGUCACGCCCCCAGUUACAGAUCUUCUCUUGCCUGCUAAUAUUCCACACUUAAAACAUCGAACACAUUUUUCACAGCAUGCUGCUCCGUCGCCUGUGCUGCCACCAUCACUCCCUCCAAAUUAUGGUUCACUAACAACUUCUGCUCAUCCCUCUUCAAGUUCACAGCUAUCAAGACCAUCAAUGAGAAGUGGCCAGUUACCAGCUCCCCGCUUGGCAGAUGUUGCCCCCAUGCAUUCCAACACUGGUUCUGUUCGUCCUGGUAUAGCCCAACCACCAUUGACUCCUAACGUUGCAGACUGUUGUGGACCAGACAUGGUGCCUAAAAGAGGGAGUCGUGCUUGCCGUUGUGUAUAUCCAAUCAAACUUGAUCUUCUCCUUUUGAAUGUUUCCCUUAGCACGAAUUGGAGUCCUUUUCUGGAAGAACUGGCUUCUCAGCUUGGUUUGCGAGUUUCUCAGUUUGAGAUCAGCAACUUUUAUGUACUUAGCUUAUCAAGGUUGAAUAUAUCAAUGGAUAUUACUCCACAUACAGGGAUCAGUUUCUAUGCCAGUGAAGUACAUGCAAUAAAUACAUCUCUCGCUAUGCAUAAGAUUCAUCUUGACCCCUCACUUGUGGGUGACUGCAUACUUCUCAACUUGACUUGGUUUAAGCCACCAGCUCCUUCUCAAGCUCCAGCUGCAGCCAUGUCACCUAUUGCUGCCCCAGCUCAUUUGCGCCCUCCUUCAACACCACUGUUCACUGCUAACAGGAGGAAAGGCCCGAGUUUGAUUCUCAUUCUCGGUAUUGUUGUUGGCAUCCUGAUCAUCGUCGCUGUAGCUCUGCUAGUAAUAUGUUCAUGCACAUUUUGUCAUGGAAGGAAGAGAGCACUUCCUGUAGAAACUGAAAAAUCAAGGAAUGUAGAUGCAGUUCCAACUGGAGGAUCUCUUCCGCACCCCUCUAGUACCCGAUAUAUUGCAUAUGAAGAACUUAAAGAAGCAACAAAUAACUUUGAAUCAGCAAGCGUGCUUGGAGAGGGUGGGUUCGGCAGGGUUUUCAAAGGAGUCUUAAGUGAUGGUACAGCUGUUGCAAUCAAGAAACUUACUAAUGGAGGACAACAAGGUGAUAAAGAGUUCUUAGUUGAGGUUGAGAUGCUUAGCAGGCUACAUCACCGUAAUCUGGUGAAGCUUGUGGGAUACUAUAGCAGUCGUGACUCUUCACAGAAUCUCCUCUGUUAUGAGCUCGUCCCAAAUGGGAGCUUAGAGGCCUGGCUCCACGGUCCCUUGGGAGUGAAUUGUCCCCUGGAUUGGGAUACCAGAAUGAAGAUUGCCCUUGAUGCUGCAAGAGGGCUUACAUACCUACAUGAAGACUCACAACCCUGUGUCAUACACAGGGAUUUCAAGGCAUCUAAUAUUCUUCUUGAAAAUAACUUUCAUGCUAAAGUUGCAGAUUUUGGGCUGGCCAAACAGGCACCUGAAGGCCGUGCAAACUAUCUGUCUACACGUGUAAUGGGCACAUUUGGGUAUGUAGCACCUGAGUAUGCCAUGACUGGACAUCUCCUGGUAAAGAGUGAUGUAUACAGCUAUGGAGUUGUUCUUCUUGAGUUGCUGACUGGUAGGAAGCCUGUAGAUAUGUCACAACCGUCUGGCCAGGAGAACCUUGUGACAUGGGCCAGGCCAAUCCUUAGAGAUAAGGAUCGAUUAGAAGAGCUUGCUGAUCCAAGGCUUCUGGGUAAGUACCCAAAGGAGGACUUUGUACGUGUUUGCACAAUCGCGGCAGCUUGUGUUGCACCGGAGGCAAGCCAACGUCCCACCAUGGGUGAAGUGGUUCAGUCCCUUAAAAUGGUGCAACGCAUUAUGGAGUAUCAGGAUUCCAUGUUAACCACCACCAACACGCGUGCGAACCUCAGGCAGUCGUCUACCACCUAUGAGUCAGACGGGACUUCAUCAAUGUUCUCCUCUGGUCCAUUCUCCAGUUUUAGUGUAUUUGACAAUGAUAAUAUAUCUCGGACAGCAGUAUUCUCAGAAGACCUGCAUGAAGGACGAUGAGACUCUUUUCUGAAAGUUUUCGUGCAGAGAUAAUCUGAUUCACAGCUUGGGACCAUCCAAUCUAGGACUCCAAAGGAUCAGGGCAGUAACAGGUAGCGGUCCGCAUGAGAUGGAGGACUUGGAAAAUGAUAGACGCUUUGUGAUGAUUGGUUCUUACCUC